AAGAACUGGUAGAAAAGACAAAGUUUGUGUUGGACUUGGUUGGGAGUAGCAUACAUACAAUCUCUCCUCUCGUGCAAAUUACCAUAUAGCCACUCAACAAACCUGUAUCUCAAAUUCCAAAAUUACCCUUCACACUAAACAGUUUAAAGAAACCAGCCAUGUGCACACGAUCCCAUAUAAUGACACAGCCCAGCCAAACAAGAAACCAAGGAAUUCCAUUCUCAAAACAGUAAUAGGUUCCUAAUUUUCCCGGCAAUUGCAUGUCCAAAUACCAAAUGUUUCCGGCCAAAAAUGAACCACGCGUUAGCCAACGCGCCGCCUACACUGGAGCAGACAGAGUAGUGGUCGCCGUCAAAGCUGAGAAAGUAAUCUCCAAAACUGCACUAGCUUGGGCUUUAACUCAUGUAGUCCAUCCCGGUGAUUGCAUAACCUUGCUCGCUGUCUUCUCUAAAACCAAAACCGGUAAGAGAUUCUGGAGCUUUCCGAAGUUGACAGGUGAUUGCGGGAGCAGUCACCGGGAUAAGUUUUCAGAUCGCAUAUGUGAAAUAUCUGAGUCUUGUUCUCAGAUGGUUCUUCAGUUGCAUAACCAAGUUGAGGUGGGAGUAAGGAUUAAAGUGGUAUCAGGUACAUCUGGCAACGCUGUUGCAGCUGAAGCAAAGCAAAAUGGAGCCAACUGGGUUGUACUGGACAAAAAAUUAAAGCAAGAGUUGAGGCAUUGCAUAGAGGAACUUCGCUGCAACAUUGUGGUGAUGAAAGGUUCUCAAGCAAAAGUCCUUAGGCUUAAUUUAGGGUGCUCAGAUGAAGUACAAACCCCAUACUAUUCUGCUGCCUCUUCACCAGAGAAGAAUAUUGGACACAGGAUGAAGCAUUCUACUCCAGCAAGCAGCCCCGAAGAGUCAAGUACUUCCUACUCAAGAACCAGAGAAGAUUCAUUAUCGAGUUAUGACUCAACGACACCCCUUUUUAUCUAUGAACAAAACCCUCUGUUUGAAGGAAUGAACAAAGGGAAACAGGUACCAGUAGAUUAUCAAAAUGACUUUGAUGACUCACUUAUACCUCCUUAUUCAGAGGAUAAAGUCAUCACUCUGUCAAAAAACUCAACAUCAGCUGGAGCCACUAAUCACAACAGUGUAUUUUGGAUUCCCCAAAACCACAUAAUUGACAAAAACAGCCUAGCAACUCAGAACAGGGACUGCACAAAUACUUCUAACAAUGGAUCAAAAGCUUCCAGAACUCUACUCGACAAGUUUGUCCAAUAUGAUCAAGCUGCUAGGGCUGGUAGAAAUGAGCUCAGCCAGAGCCUUCAAAAGGACUACACUCCAAGCUCAAAUAUAAAACAUGCAGUCUCUUUGGGCAGAACAUCCUCAAUGCCUCCUCCUUUAUGCUCACUAUGUCAACACAAGGCACCAGUUUUUGGGAAACCUCCAAGACAAUUUUCUUACAAGGAUCUAGAGGAAGCUACAGAAGAGUUUUCAGAUAUGAAUUUCUUAGCAGAAGGAGGAUUUGGCAAUGUCUAUAGAGGAGUAUUAAGGGAUGGCCAGGUGGUUGCAGUGAAGCGGUUAAAAUCUGGCGGCUCUCAAGCAGAUGCUGAUUUCUGCAGGGAAGUCAGGGUAUUGAGCUGUGCUCAGCACAGGAAUGUCGUAUUGCUGAUUGGGUUUUGCAUUGAUGGGAAGAAUAGAAUAUUGGUUUAUGAAUACAUAUGCAAUGGGUCCUUGGACUUUCACCUGCAUGGAAACAGAAGAAUGCCUUUAGAUUGGCACUCACGGAUGAAAAUAGCGAUUGGGACAGCUAGAGGUUUAAGAUAUCUUCAUGAAGAUUGUAGAGUGGGUUGUAUAGUACAUCGAGACAUGAGACCCAAUAAUAUCCUCGUAACGCAUGAUUUUGAACCUCUGGUUGCUGAUUUUGGGCUUGCUAGGUGGCACUCUGAAUGGAACAUGAGUACAGAGGAGCGAGUCAUUGGAACUAUAGGGUAUCUUGCGCCAGAGUAUGUCAAUAAUGGAAAAAUUACACAGAAAGUUGAUGUGUAUGCAUUUGGAGUGGUUUUGUUAGAACUAAUGACCGGUCAAAGAAUCAAUGAGCUACAAUUUUACGAGGGACAGCAAUUUUUGUCUGAUUGGUUCCACCCUCUUGCUGCACUAGAGCCAGGCCAUGUCUUGACAAGAAUUUACCAGUUACUGGAUCCAUCAUUGGCUACUGAGCAAGUAUGUGAUUUUGCCCAUCAACUACAGGCUAUGGGGCAGGCUGCUUCUUUAUGUCUACGUCCAGAUCCAGAAUCCAGACCAGCAAUGUCAAAGGUUCUUAGAAUACUUGAAGGAGGAGACUUGAUAGUUCCUUUGUGUUUGGACUUGAGUUCAGCCGGUAAUAGAAGUGGCCAUUUGCGCGGUUUGAGCUUACAUAGAGAAGAUAAAAUGAUGAGGAGCCACUCUCGUAAGCUUUCACACUGAAAAUUGAUUAUGCAAUAACUGCCACAUAUCAUAUUAAUAUAUAGGUGAGAAGGUCUUUCUGUAGUGUGCAUAGUUCUGAAGUGAUUUUUUGCUUCCAUGCGCGAGUUGCUUUCCCUUUGCGUACGUUAAUUGGUCACAUGAUUUUCUUCCUUCUGCGGUGCAAUUCUUUUGUCGUCAUCAAAUAACACAGAGAAAUUCUCUAGCAUGCUGUCAAGUAUUUGCAUGUUUAUAGCUCAUUAUUCUUCAUUGCUAAUGUCACAAUAAAGGAAUUGUAAAUCAAUGAAAGUAGUAAUAAUAUUGUUACUUCUGUGAUCUCCCCGAUGUAAUUAUACUUGAAAGUUGAAAUGUUGAGUUUCAGUUACAGUGCA